ACGAAAACAGCGAGUGAAUAAAAAAUACUAGAGAAAAAACGAGAGAGAGAGAGAGAGAGAGAGAGAGAGAGAGAGAGGACAAGGAAGACGACUUCGUUACCUUCGUCAUCGUCGUCACCGUCACCAUCAUAAUCAUCGAUCCCUGCCAUUCCUUUCUUUAGCUAGUUGUCGCAGCAAUAUUUGAUCUAAUUUGAAGCCAGAAAGAUGUCUCCAGCAUCAAAAUCAAAGUCCAAAUCAAAGAAUAAGCCCUCUGCAGUGUCUGCGAAGGAACAACAGAAGACUUCUUCCAAGCCUUCCGGAUCUAAUGACAAUGGGGGUGGCAGUCCCGCAAGUAUUUACAAUUCAGUCUCCGGAACAUUCCAUGUGCUAGAAACAUCAUCAAUUGACUCUUCACCACCUUCCCAUGACAGUGGUCAUUUCCUUAAUAUGGAUGAUACUGAUGAGCAUUCUAGCAGCCCUCAUGGAACAGUCUCCAAGUAUGAUUCUGUUUCCAACAACGGCAGCUGCUCCGGAGAGUCUGAAGACCCAAAAGAGAAGAUAGCUCAUUUUACCCCAAAGCAGGAGGCUAUACCUGGUUCCGACAUUGACAGGCAAGAGAAAAUUCGUCUGAAAAAUGAGAGGAAGCACCAGCGGCAGAGAGAGAAGCGGGCACAAGAGUUGCAUGAUCGUUGUAGUGGCUAUCUCAUGUCAAGAAAGCUGGAAGAACUUUCACAGAAGCUAGUGAGAAUGGGGUUCCCUUCUGAACGAGCAAUAUUCGCGCUGAUGUUGAAUGAGGGCAAGGUAGAGGAAUCAGUUGCCUACCUUUUGGAUGGAAAUGAAGAAGCUCAACAGAAGCAUAUUACUAACCUUGGAAGUGGAGCCAAUUUGAAAAUUGAUAUUAGUGAAGACCUUGCUUGGAUUUCAGUAUUGGAGGAGAGAUACAAAUGCUCAAAGCAAGAGGUUGAAAGAACUGUUGUUGCCUGUGAAGGUGAUUUUGAGAAGGCAGAAGAUACCUUGAGAGCACAGAAGCGGGAACAAUCUGCUACUCCGUUGAAGGCAGAAGAAAUUGCAGAGACCAAGAACCUAAUGAGACCCAAAGAAGGGCCUGCAGCUUCAGUUACGAUACAACAAAGAAGAAAUGAAAGGGAUUUUAACUACCCAAAGGAAACUGCGGCAGCGGCCACAUUUCCAGAACCGGGGAAUAGGAACCUGCAGGUUUUAAAGACAAAUCAACUUAAGACACUGGCAGAGGAGAGGUGGGCUGCUACUGGAUCAGGACCUUCUGCUUCAUUAAAUUUAGUGCCACCUACUCAGUUAGCACCCCCAGCAAGAAAAGUGGAGGUGCGGGUCGGUGUUGUUGCAAAUGAAGGAAGAAUAUUACAGCAAGGAGGAUUGAGGGGGUCAGUAGUUGUGAUGCAACGUCCCCAAUCCACAAAUGCCAAGCACGACCCUGUUUCUAGUGUAAGUGCGUCUCCUUCAGCUGUUCAGUGGUAUGGAAGUAGCGUUCCUGCUGUUGAAAGCAUACGGUCAAAUGGGAAGGUCAUACAAAAUCAGAGCCGAGGCAGCCUUGGUUGGGAAAAUCAGAGCUCAGAGCAUUUCCAUCAUCAGGCUCCUUAUAAAGAUUUUCCUUUCUCGUUAGGGCCAGUGGAUCCCACAUCAGCUGGCCUGGGAGGUUCUUGGAGAACAAGUGGUACAUCUUCACCAAUGGCUCCUUCUGAUCCUCGGGGUUCAUGGAGCACAAUGGGUGGAUCCUCACAUUCGCUUACAUUUCCAUCCUCUCUCGGGCUGUUUUCUGGUCAUGGUUCAGCAGGAACCUUUGGCUUGUCUUCGCCCAUGGACUGGAAUACAGGGGGCUUGAUGCCUGAGUUAGACUAUACUAAUAUAGAUUGGACAUUGAAUUACCCAUCACCUUCCAAAUCAAAUGGGUUGUUGCUGGGGCUUUCUUCCUUAUUGAGGAACGGUUCAGGGAUGAGGUUGGGCAGUGCAAAUGGAAAGUUCAGAUCGGGAUUGCAGGAUGGUGGAGUGGCUACAGAAGCACCAUCUUCUGCUGGUUCGCGUGACUGGACAACUCCUUUUGCGGGCAAGGACAUCUUCAGUGUGCCCAGGCAGUUUGUAACUUUUCCAUCUCCUUAGGACUUGAGAGCAAAAGGAGAAAAAUAUAGCAUCUGUGGUGGGUCUAGUCAUUCCUUUGUGAUGGCUGUAUUGACGGUUGUUUCUUUGAUUCCCAGUGAAAAUGCAUCUACUAGUUUUUGCUUUA